ACUUAAUAAUUGUAAGUUGUGCGCAGGUAACACGCGACAAUCUGAUUGGUAUAAGUCACAUUCUAGUUGACCAGAAACUGAAUUGAUCAAAUCGAGUUGGCCUAACAAGCUAAUAAUUUGGUAAAAAAAGCUAGUAAUUCAGGUAGCAUGUGUCUCACUCUUUUAUUUUGGGGACUAGUAAGGCGUUUCGUGUAUUUUUUUGACAAUAAAAAAAUUUACAGAAUCAAAAUUUCUUUUAAAAUAUGAUAACAUUGGUUGAAUAUAUAAUAAUUAGCUAUUUUAAAAAUAAUUGAUUUAAAAUUUGAGAGUGUAGAGAGGUGUCUAAAAAAGGGCGCAGAAGAUGUAAUGCGUGUCAAAGGAUGAAGGCAGCGAUGGCCACGUACAGUACUUGUGUUGUUUAGUUGAAAUAGAAAAGGAAGGGAGAGUAGGGUGUAGAGUGUAGAGUGUAGAGUGUAGAGUGUAGAGGUGUGUUAGCAUGGCAGACAAUGACAUAUCGGAGUUGUUCAAGCCCAUAUUCCUGAAGGAAGUUCCUCACCUUAACCUCCAAAGCCACCCCAACCCACUCGAUCACCAUCCUUACUUCAACACCCACAAACAAGCCUUCUACUUCACACAAUCCGACCUCGUUCUCCGCCAGAUCGACAACCACCCCUCUCCCUCCCCCCGCUUCGCCUACCUCCGCGCCGGUCCCCGCAAACUCAUCUCCUUUCAGCCUUCCGAUGUUCGCGCCGCCAUUGUUACCUGCGGAGGCCUCUGCCCCGGCCUUAACACCGUCAUCCGAGAGCUCGUUGUCUCUCUCUCCAACCUCUACUCUGUCCCUCAUAUUUUCGGCAUCACCGCUGGCUACAGAGGAUUUUACUCCACUCACCCUCUUCCUCUCAGCCCCAACCUCGUUCGCCAUUGGCACACCAUGGGUGGCACCCUCCUUCAGACUUCAAGAGGAGGUUUUGAUCUCCACAAGAUCGUCGAUGCCAUCCAACAUCACGCUUUCAAUCAGGUGUACAUUAUAGGUGGAGAUGGGACUAUGCGAGGAGCCGUGAAGAUAUUUGAUGAAAUACGGCAUCGCAAAAUGAAUGUUGCAGUUGUUGGAAUUCCUAAAACAGUGGAUAACGACGUGGGAAUAAUCGACAGAUCUUUCGGAUUCCAAACAGCAGUUGAGAUGGCUCAGCAAGCAAUCAGUGCUGCUCAUGUGGAAGCCGAGAGUGCAGUCAACGGCAUAGGCCUGGUGAAGCUGAUGGGUCGAAGCACAGGUCACAUUGCUCUACACGCCACACUCAGCAGCCGUGACGUUGAUUGCUGCCUAAUUCCUGAACUAGAUUUCUACUUGGAAGGUGAAGGAGGUCUCUUCCAAUUUCUCAACCAGCGUUUGAAGGAAAAUGGGCAUGCAGUUCUUGUAGUUGCUGAGGGUGCUGGCCAGGACAUAAUUCCCAGAACUGAUUCACAGAAGCAAGAGCGUGAUGAAUCAGGGAACAUGGUUUUCUUAGAUGUUGGUGUGUGGUUGAAGUCAGAGCUGAACAAGUGGUGGGCCAGGGAACACCCGGGGGAGUUGUUUACAGUCAAGUACAUCGAUCCUACUUACAUGAUUCGUGCAGUUCAUGCAAAUGCCACUGAUAACUUGUAUUGUACACUCCUGGCACACUCUGCUAUUCAUGGUGUUAUGGCGGGGUAUACUGGAUUUGUUACUGGUCCUAUUAAUGGAAACUAUGCCUACAUUCCAUUGGAAGAUGUGGCACUUGCAAGUAACCCAGUUGAUACUAAAGAUCAUAAAUGGUCGUGGGUGAGAUCUGUCACUAAUCAGCCUGAUUUUGUAAGGAGGUAAGGUAAGACAAAGACAAGGCAUCAAAGUUUUCAAUGAGUUGGGAGAUCCUGUUCGUAGGUGAUUGUCAUUAUGUUAAGAUGUCAAUAGGUCAUGUUAUGUCCUAAUGUUUCUUCUACUGGCUGGAGAGUCUUGGUAAAAGAGAGAUGAUGUACGAAUUUUAUGUCGAUUGUGCAUAUUCUGUAACUAAAGUUUUAUGAUGGAUUUUAAUUAUCAAUAGAUCAACUCCCUUAAAUUAAACUUUCAA